AUGACGAAUUCGACUCCAUCGGAUCCAAUACCUCAGCCAAAUGCCUCGGAACAUUCACCAUCAGAAUCAGCAGCACUCAUCCUCAAAGUAGCAGCCGCCGUGUUUUUAACAGGAUUUACGGGGACCGUAUAUUCUACGUAUGAGCGAACAAAAAAAGAACUAUCAAAGAAUGAAUCAUCGUUAGGGACAAGAAUCAGGCCAAUGUCAUACAAACAGGCUUCCCUGUUCUCGUUUAAAGCAUUCCUCCUUGGGACUACGCUGUGUCUGUCAGGGUCCGGUAUACUAGUGCUUGGGAUUAGUUCGGCUUUAGGGGUCUCUAGUUUUCACGAAUUCAAUCAAAAGAUGCGUCGGAUGAUAUCAUAUCACACACCAUCAUUACAAGAAAGACUUGCGACCGCUGAUACUCAAGAUGACAUCAAGGGCUUUGUUGAUUUUGCUAACGAAUGGGAGAAAAUGAAAAAAGAGGCUGCGGAUCAGCGCCGACAAAGGGAGGAAGAGCGGGAGAGAAAACGAAGGGAGGGAAAAUGGUGGUGGGAAGACUAG